AUGAGCGAUCGCGAAUUAGAACUUGUUCUAGAAUAUAGUAGACAAACAUACCUCAAAGAACUAGCAGAAAGAAAAAAAGAAGAAAAAAGUCGGGAAGAAGACGUUGAUUUAUUAAUUAUAGAGAAUCCUGAAGUGCUCGAACAGGAUCGUAAAAUUAAACAGAUUAAACAAAUGUUGUGUGCUAAAAAAGAGCCAGUUGAUUCAUACCAAAAUGUCCCACUUUCUCCUGUACAUUAUUUACCCCAAUCACCAUGCUUUAUUCAACCUCAAUAUACCGGCCAGAUUUUUCCUUUUACAACAAACUUGUAUAAUCAACAACAAUUUCAACUUCCUUCUACUUCAACAGCAAUACAUUUUGAACAACAAUUUUUCCCCUCAACUUCCGUGUCUGUUCCAAACUCUCCCGAUUUUUGGUCUAAUAAUUUUAUUCAACCUACUCCACUUUCUAUAAUGAACUCAAACUUGAUUAAUCCUCUAUUGGUUCAGACGGAUGUAAAAACGCCAGAAAAGAAUUCUUCAAAUUCCUCCUCUUCACUCAAAAUUCCUUUCCAAAAUGGAGAUUUGAUCGAUUUACAGUCACCCAUGAAAGCAUCCUCUUUGACUAUUGAGGAGUUUGAUCCUCUCUACAAAAAAUUGCAAAAAAGUGAAAUGGAAAAAAAUGAAGAAAAUCAACAGAGGAAUACAAAUGAAGAAAUAAAAAAUAAUUUUGAAGAUAAUACUGAUAAAUGUGUUGAUGAAGCAACAGCUGAUAAUAAUUCUAACAAAAUACAACCUCAACUACAUCAACAGAGGUUACUUGCCUGUGAUGAUUUUAAUACACGUCAAGAAUUGUCUUGUGAUUUUUACAAAGAGAAACAAUUACUUUAUGAACGUUCACCUCGAAUCCGAAUUUGCUCAAAUAAUAAUUUUCAAAAUGUUUUCUUCCUUGCUCCAGUACUUGAUUAUUUUGUAACACCUGUUGAUACAAUUAAAUUACAUAUUCAUCAAGACGAUACUUGGCCUCGUGACACACCCGAAGAAUUGCAAUCUUUCGAGCUAGCUUGUGCUGUCAAGAAAACUACCGAUGAAAUUCUUCUUGAAGUAUUGAUAAGGUUGCUUUCACAAGAAGAAAUCCAGCGUAAUGAGGGUCAAAUCCCACUUAACGAUUAUGCUUUAAAAGUAUUUGGAACUGAUGAAUUUUUGGUUCCAGAUGCACCAAUAGGCAAAAAUUUAUUUGUGGCACAAUUUUUAGCAGGCGGAAAAGAUGUGGAUUUGGAAGUUGGGCGUAAAAUAUUGCCAAAAAUAAAAACUAAUAAUAGAUUAAUUUCAAGAACUAUUUCUACAAAUCAGGCAUUGAAUGAGGAAUUAUUUACCAAUUUAGUCCAAAAUCUGACCAAACAUUUAACGAAUUGUUUAGCGGAUCCAGAGGAUAAAAAAUUACGUCAACCUGUUUUACAAUCUAUUAAAUUAUUAACCAACAGAACAAACAACGUUCAAACAUCAGAACUUGUUUCUGCUAUAGAUCUUCUUUAUUCAGCCAACAAUUUAAAUUCAUUACACGAAGCAGUCAAUUCUAUAAUAACUUCAUUAAUUCAUCUCUUUCGUGCUUAUUGUUGUUCUUCUCUAGCUGAUUUUUCAAUAAAUACAGACCCUUUGGGUUUAAUUGAAUCUUUAUCAAUUCGAGAUAGUGCUCUCUGCAACGAGAAAUUGCUUAUAAGUGUUGAAUCUGCACACAAUUUGCCAAACUCUUGGAAAUCUCUUUACAAGUCUUUUUACCUCGAAAUGCAUUUAAUGUAUGGUCCAAACUCUUUUGGACGUUGUAAAAGUUUGGCGAAACAAAUUGUAAAUAAACAGGGCUUUAAAUUUGUGCCUUUUCAACUUUGGAAUGAUUUUGAUGUUUACAUCCCUUAUCUGCCUCGGGAAGUCCAGAUUUGUUUUAUUUUGUGUGGUGUCCCUGUAGUUGGAGAAGAAUGUUCAACAACACAUAAUAAUGAAUUAUUUAGUAGCAGCAACAGUUCUUUAAUUGCUCCACAUUAUUUAAGCAAUGAACAUUUAACUUUACCAAAUAAUACAAACAAUGAAAAAAGACUUGCUUUUGCCAAUUUACCUUUAUUCAAUAUUGACGGCUUUCUUCUUCAAGGCCCUCUACUUGUUCCAAUGUACCAAAUGAAUAAUGAUACAGUUCAUCCUUGGGGACCCAGACCAUUAAUUAGCGAUUCUGAUGAAAUCAUUUUAUUUGUUAAAGCCUUAGAAUAUGAUUAUAGAAUUCGAUUUCCAAUGGAUAUAACUCCUAGUGAAGUGCAUUGGCGUGAUUUUGGUGCCUUACAACCUGAAAAACAAGAAGUCUUACAAAGCCUUAUAGAUAGUGCUGUCAGCCUUAAAUUGACCAAAGACGAUCGCGAACUUCUUUGGUCAGAACGUCACUUUCUUCAUCAAUUCCCAAGUGCCUUACCUCUCGUUCUCAGCUCUGCUACAUGGGGUACUUACAAUUUGGGGAAUAUUUAUGCUCUUCUUAAAAAAUGGGCGCCAUUACCUCCAAUAAUUGCUUUGGAGUUGCUUUUACCGAAUUUUCAAGAUCGUUAUGUCCGCGAAUAUGCUAUUAAAUCAAUCAAGCAGGCAUCUUCUGAAUUUAUUUUUAAUUUAAUUACCCAAUUUGUGGAAGCUCUCCGAUUCGAAACCUUUGAGGAUUCUGCCUUGGCUUUGUUUUUGUUGGAACACUCAACUAAAGAUAGAAGAUUUGCUUUGGAACUUUUUUGGCAACUUCAAACAAGAAUUCAAGAUGUUAAAAGUCCUUCAUUUGCUUCGCGUUGCAAAUUACUCCAAAAAAUGCUUCUAGAUUUAGGCAUACCAAGCUUGGAAGAUGAAAUAGCUUUUCAACAACAAUUUUUGGAUAAAAUUGAUAAAAUUUCUUUAAUAGUUAAAGAAUGUGGGGAUUCAGCGACUAAAACCUUGAAAAAAGAACUUUUUCAAUUUUUGGAUGUUUUUGAUUUUUCUAAUCUACGCAUUCCAAUCGCUACUUCUUUUUGUUGCAAAUCGCUAUCGAUAGAUGACUGUUCAAUUUUCAGUUCAAAAACAAAACCAAUAAAAAUUGUUUUUAAAGGCAAACGUAAUUUUUUUGGAAUAAUUUAUAAGGCUGGAGAUGAUUUAAGACAAGAUGCUGUUGUUACUCAAUUAGUUCGUGUAAUGAAUGAUAUCUGGUUAAGUGAACAACUCGAUUUAAGAAUAAUUUCUUUUCGAUGUAUGCCUACAGGAAAGGAUAAAGGAUUGAUUGAACUAGUCCCAGAUUGUCGCACUAUAAAAGAAAUUCAAGAAGAAAUGGGUACUGGAGUUAAAGCUGUAUAUGAAGAUAUUGUUCUCCUUAAUUGGCUAAGAAAAAAUAAUUCUUCUGAAUUUCAAUACAAAGCGGCGCUAGAAAACUUUCGACGUUCUUGUGCUGGUUGGUGUGUAGCAACUUAUAUUUUGGGUAUUGGAGAUAGGCACAAUGACAACAUUAUGUUAACAACAACUGGACAUAUGUUUCACAUCGAUUUUGGCAAGUAUAUGGGUGAUAAACAAAUGGCUGGAAUAUUUAGCCGUGACAGAGUCCCAUUUGUUUUUACAAAAGAAAUGGCUUUUGCUAUUAAUGGUGGUCAAAAUACAACAGAAAAUUUUCAACGUUUUGUUGAUGAAUGUUGUGAAGCUUUUAAUUUAUUACGCAAAAAUCGUCCAAUUUUGUUAAAUAUUAUACGAUUUCUUUCUUGUUCUGAUAUUCCUGGAAUGUGUAUGGAAUCUGUGGAUUAUGUGGAAAAUAAUUUAAUGUUAGACAUGAAUGAUGUUCAAGCUAAAGUUCUUUUUACACAAAAACUUGAAGAAUCGUUACAAAGCUGGUUCCCUCGUCUCAACUUUUUGGCACAUACAAUUGCUCAAUUUAAAGGAAAUCCAUUACAAAUUUUUGGAGUUUCAAAGGUUGAUGAUAUGAAUAGAUUAUCGUUUAUAUCUGAAAUAUAUACAGAAAAGAAUGAUGGAAGAAUAGAUUCUGUUGUGGUUAGCUCUUUUGAUAAAUGGUCAGAAAAUUCCAAAAAAGUUUAUAUGUAUAAAUUGUUGGUUAGAAGGGUAAAUGAAAAUGUCCCGACAGAGAUUUACAGGUCAUAUCAAGAAUUUGAAGAACUUCGCUUAAAACUUUGCUAUCGUUUUUCUAUUAGAGCCAUUCCUUCCCUAUCCCAAACUGUUACGAUUCUUGGAAGAACAAAUGUUAGAGAAGUGGCUAUUCGACGUGUGCCCGAACUUCAAGUUUUCCUUCAAAAAUUGUUUAAACUUUCUGAUGAAGUUGCACACUGUGAUUUGGUCUAUACGUUUUUGCACCCUCUCUUUCGUGAUACUGAACCUGAAAGUCGGAAGAUUAAUGGCAUACCAGACAUUUUGCCAGAUUUAAAUUUCCAUUGUCAAGUACUUCUUCGGAUUACUUUACUAGACCAAGCAGAUUUACGCAUCUUUGUUGGUCAUGCAAGAAAUUUACCUUUAGUUAGCCGUGAUCAAUCCCCAGACAGUUAUGUAAAAACCUAUUUGCGUUGGGGAGAGGAGGAUGACAGUAUUUUGUUUGCCCCUCGUUAUUGGAAAAGAAAGACAAGAGUUGUUAAAAAUACACAAAAUCCAACAUAUAAUCAAGAGAUUUGUUAUUCACUAAAAGACGUUAUUCUACACGGAGUUUCCGUCAAUGAAAUUUCGUUAGAUGUCUCAAUUUGGCACUCUGGAAAUCUUAAAGUUAAAUUCCCCUUGUGUGAAACUCGAAUCAAAUUGAAUCAGUUGACGUGUGAAACAGACAAAAGAGGAAUGGAAAAAAUUGAAAGUUGGUUUUCGAUGACAAUUAAUUGAUUUUUGAGGCCUUAGCGAAUUUUUUCUGCUUUUCUUUUCUCAAACAAAAUUCUAAUAGUAAGGCCUGAGGUAUUUACGAUAAUAGCUAUAUACCAUUAGAUUCAGGGGUGUCAUUGGAAAUAGGCGGACGGAGUUCCUACAGUUAUUCCAGGCAUCUACACCAUUUCCGACUGACCUCUGGAAGUGGGAAAUAUCUUACAAUUGACAUCCCUGUUUCGAAUUUUCUUUUGAUUUUUUCUAUUUAUCAGUAUUGGCAUUGCUUUCUAAAAUAUACCCAAAUUUCCCAUCUUAAGAUUCUC